UUAAAUGCAAAAGUGGAAGAAGAGAGAUAAUGGAUACAGACAAACAGAAGAAAAUAUUACAAUAAUUAAAUCAAUCAAAAAAAUAUUUACUAGACUAGAGUUAUGACAUAUGCAUAGGCCACACAAUUAAAUACACCGACUUUUAUGAAUAAAAAGGUCACAGACACAUUUGAGAUAUGUGAAUGUAAAGAGAUGUAAAUGAACUGUAUAUGAACUAGAAGAGUAGAAUGUAACUGAGGAAGUGUUGUGUCACACUCCAGUGCAGUAGGUGGCGCUGAACACAUUUAACAGACUGAAAGCAGAUAAAUGGGCGGGGCUUGUGUGUUGUUGUCACCUGAGGUCUCUUGCGCAUGCGCGGUCUGCAUCACGAGGACACGCCUUUUGUUUCGAAACCGAAAGUAGAGUCUCAAUACUAAUCGAGUGUAUAAUCACAUUUCCAAGAGUUACAAACUGACAUAAAGACCACAUCACGACCUCAAAUCAGUUCCUCAUCAUGGAGAUCAGUGAGAGAUCUUCAUUUCCAGAUCACAGCUGUGUGUCUCUGAAGAGUGACAGAUCCAUGGAUAAUCCUCCUGAACUCCGUGCUGAACCAGUGACCUCUGACCCCAGAGUCAGCAGGAGGAAGAGGAAGAGAUCUUCAUCUCCAGAUCCCAGCUGUGUGUCUCUGAAGAGUGACAGAGCCAUGGAUAAUCCUCCUAAACUCAGUGCUGAACCAGUGACCUCUGACCCCAGUGCUGAACCAGUGACCUCUGACCCCAGAGACGAUCAGAUACGAGCCCAGGAUCCUCCUCAAGCAGUGAAUGAUGAACUACAGAGAGUCAAAGAGCAGCACAAAACCAGCAUGAAGAACAAGUAUGAGAGAUUAUUUGAGGGACUGAAACUCCAGGAGAAUGAAAGCCUCCUGAACAGCAUCUACACACAGCUCUACAUCAUAGAGGGAGAGAGAGAAGGAGUGAAUGAAGAACAUGAGGUUUUACAGAUGGAGAAAACAGCCAGAACACAACCCUCACAAGACACUCCAAUCUACUGCAAUGACAUCUUUAAAGCCUCCGCUGAAGCAGGAUGUGAGGAGAAAGAGCAGAUCAAGACUGUUCUUACUAAAGGCAUCGCUGGAAUCGGAAAAACCGUCUCUGUGCAGAAGUUCAUUCUGGACUGGGCCGAGGGAAAAGCUAAUCAGGAUGUAGAUUUCAUGUUUGUGCUUCCAUUUCGAGAGCUGAACUUGAUCAGAGAUCAUCAGUACAGUCUUCACAGACUUCUGCUGGACUUUCAUCCUGAACUUCAAGAUCUGGACUCACAGAUUUAUGAGGAGUGUAAAGUUGUGUUCAUCUUUGAUGGUCUGGAUGAAAGCAGAAUCACACUGAUGUUUUCAGACGCUCAGAAAGUUUGUGAUGUGACUGAGACUUCAUCAGUGGCUGUGUUGAUGUCAAAGCUGAUGAAAGGAGAGCUGCUUCCCUCUGCUCUCAUCUGGAUCACCUCCAGACCAGCAGCAGCCAAUCAGAUCCCCUCCAAAUACAUCCACCGUCUGACAGAAAUUCAGGGAUUCACUGAGCCUCAGAAGGAGGAAUAUUUCAGGAAGAGAAUCAGUGAUGAGCAUCAAGCCAGCAGAAUCAUCUCACACAUCAGAAGAGCAAGAAGCCUCCACAUCAUGUGCCACAUCCCCGUCUUCUGCUGGAUCUCAUCCACUGUGCUUCAGAAGCUCCUGGAAGAAGAUCUGAGUGCAGAAAUCCCUCAAACUCUGACUGAAAUGUACAUCCACUUCUUGCUGAUUCAGAUCAACAUGAGGAAGCAGAAGUAUGAAGAGAGAGAUCCAGAGAAACUCCUGCCGUCCAACAGAGAAGUGAUUGUGAAACUUGCUGAAGUGGCUUUCAAACAGCUGAUGAAGGGCAAUGUGAUGUUCUAUGAGGAGGACCUGAUUGAGAGCAGCAUAGACGUCACUGACGCCUCGGUGUAUUCUGGGAUUUGCACUGAGAUCUUUAAGGAGGAAUCUGUGAUUCAUCAGAGGAAAGUCUACAGCUUCAUUCAUCUGAGCGUUCAGGAGUUUCUCGCUGCUUUCUAUCUGCUUUACUGCUGUUUAACAAAGAACAAGAAACCACUGCAUGAAUUCAGAUCUAACAGAUCUGAUAAAGACUCUCUGUAUGAUCUACUAACAUCAGCAGUAUAUAAAGCUCUCAAGAGUGAGAAUGGACGUCUGGAUUUGUUCCUGCGGUUCCUGCUGGGCAUCUCACUGGAGUCCAAUCAGAGACUCUUACAGGAUCUACUGACACACACAGAGAACAGCUCAGAGACCAUCAGCAGAACCACACAGUACAUUAAAGAGAGGAUCACAGAUCCAAAUGAUCAUUAUCGUCUCUCAGCUAAUCAGUCGAUCAAUCUGUUCCUCUGUCUGCUGGAAGUGAAAGAUCAGACUCUGUUCAGAGAGAUUCAGGAGUUUGUGAAAUCAGACAAACACUCAGAGAAGAAACUCUCUGCUGCUCACUGCUCAACAAUCUCCUACAUGCUUCAGAUGUCAGAGGAGACACUGGAUGAGCUGAACACCAUGAAAUACAACACAUCAGCUGAGGGGAGAAGAAGACUGAUACCAGCUGUGAUCAACUGCAGAAAAGCUCUGUGAGUGUUUCAUCAUCAACUAAAGGAUCAUAUUUAAUAAUGAACCUGACUCCUUUAAAAUAAAUGUUCCUGAAUGAGAGAUUUUCUCCUGAAUAACAGGCCAGAAUCUUAAAGGAGUCCCAACAUGUGUUUUUAAUCCAGUAGAUAUUAGAGUAAAAGGUAAAAACAACCCCGUCACAUGAGAAACUGGUUCAUUAAAUCAGCAGCAGCUGCAGCAAAGAGACGCUCCACACAUUGAUCCGUAAAGCUGACAUUCACACAUUUCACUCUCAAUCAAGACACAAUCAUGAUAUCAACUACUGCUAAUAUUAAUAACUAUAAUAACAUUUAAUCUGCAGUAAUUAUUGAUCAUAAAUGCUGAAUGUUGCAGCUGUUUGACUGCUGUUACAGUGAACUAUUACAGUGAAGACAGAGCUUGACGUCUGCUUACUCUUUACUGUACAGCACUAGACACUAUUUUACAUUAUUAUACAUUUAAAGAGCUCUGCAUUAUGACAUAAAAUAAAUCAAACCAUAGAAAAGGUGGAUGAGUGUGAAUGGUAAUAUUAUGAGUGAUAUAGGUCUAGUUUUCUAACACAUAUUUACUCUGUCAGCAUUGUGACCACAUUAAUGUCACAAAUAAAAGAUUAAAACUUACAUUUCAGCAGCUCACACACGGACAUGAAUUAUUCACACAAAACAAGCGAAGAGUUUGUCAUUUAAUGAGAUCUGUGUUAAAUAUCCAUUUACAUGUCAGUCUUUUGUGAAAAUGACUUUUACAAACUCAGAUGUGACGCAUUUCUGUGAAGGACUACAGAACAAGCUCUGAUUCACAACAUUAGUGUCCAAACACAGAAAUAAAAGAGGGUCUAUAUAUCAGAUCAGGAUCUGAAGACUAUAAUAAACACAAAUCCAGCUCUAGAGCAUCAGAUCUCACAGUCAGCUCAAAACAAUGAUGUGCAGGACACCACUGAUGAUCUUUAUGAUUGUGAAGGAGAGGAAUGAAGAGCUUCUCUCUCGUGAACACGCUGCUGGAGAAGAUUCUUCUGUGUGUUUCAGGAAAAGUUCAUCAGUAGUCUAGUGCUCGAGCGCUGCUCAACAAUGUCAGAGACACGGCUUCAGAUCUACAACAAACCUGCUCCUUCUUCUCAUUUACUCAUUUAUCUGUUGAUUUCUUCAAUUAAUGCAGAGAUUUA